GUGCGGGCGCGUCGGGGGCCGGGCCGGGCGCAGUAAAUGGCGGCGAAGAGAGGCGGAGCGGCGGCCGCGCUUAGCCCGGAGACCCCGAAACUUUAGACCCGAAGCCCCACAACUUUCCGGGAAGUGCCGCCGCUCCGGGGGCGUGGACGGAAGGGAAAACCGAGGCGAAAAGCCCAGGGGGAGGCGCAGGAGAGCCGGGGGACUCGAACCUGCAGCCCGGGCGGUGGCGGAAUCCGCCACCCGGUGCCUCGCGCCGCCGCGGCCCCCGCCUCCCGCCCCGCGGCCACUGAGCCGGAGCCGCGCGCCGCGCCGAGCCCGGGACCGCGCGGGGCCUCGCAGGCGGCGGCGCGCCGAGCUCGGCCGGCCCCCUCCUCACGACCUCCGGCCCUGUUGCUCGGUGCACCGCGCGCGCGUGAGGUCGGGGCCCGGGCUCCCGGGGGCUUCGGGGCGAGGAGAAAGCCGGGCCGCGCGCAGUCCCCGCCGUCCCGGGGUCGUGGGGCGGGCCCCGGGUCUUGCAUGCGCGGUGGGGCGGCCGUGAGCCGGAGGCGAAGAUGGAAGGCUUAACGCUGAGCGAUGCGGAGCAGAAAUACUACUCGGAUCUCUUCUCCUACUGCGACAUCGAGAGCACCAAGAAGGUGGCGGCCAACGGGCGGGUGCUGGAGUUGUUCCGGGCCGCGCAGCUGCCCAACGACGUGGUCCUCCAGAUUAUGGAGCUUUGUGGUGCAACAAGACUUGGUUAUUUUGGAAGAAGUCAGUUCUAUAUUGCUUUGAAACUUGUAGCUGUGGCCCAGUCUGGUUUCCCUUUAAGAGUGGAAAGUAUUAAUACAGUAAAGGACCUUCCUCUGCCAAGAUUUAUUGCUUCAAAGAAUGAACAGGAAUCUCGCCAUGCAGCCUCAUACUCUUCAGAUUCUGAAAACCAAGGGUCUUAUUCUGGUGUGAUUCCUCCACCACCUGGAAGGGGGCAGGUGAAAAAAGGAUCUGUGAGCCACGACACUGUCCAGUCUCGCACGUCUGCGGAUCAGCAGGAACCUGCAUCUCCAGUAGUUUCUCCACAGCAGUCACCACCAGCUUCUCCGCACACGUGGAGGAAGCACAGCCGACAUCCCAGUGGAGGAAAUAGUGAGAGGCCUCUUGCAGGACCUGGGCCGUUUUGGUCUCCCUUUGGUGAAGCACAAUCAGGUUCUUCUGCCGGUGACGCAGUGUGGUCAGGGCAUUCUCCACCUCCACCUCAAGAAAACUGGGUCAGUUUUGCAGAUACUCCACCAACCAGUACUCUUUUACCCAUGCAUCCUGCUUCUGUCCAGGACCAGACAACAGUACGAACUGUAGCAUCAGCUACAACUGCCAAUGAGAUUCGUAGGCAAUCCAGUAGUUAUGAUGAUCCCUGGAAAAUAACAGACGAACAAAGACAGUAUUAUGUAAACCAGUUUAAAACCAUUCAGCCUGAUCUAAAUGGAUUUAUUCCAGGAUCUGCAGCUAAAGAGUUUUUUACAAAAUCAAAGCUUCCUAUUCUUGAACUUUCUCAUAUUUGGUAAGUGCGGCAUGUGUUAGUUGGGUGAUGUGGGUU